UCCUCAACCUCCGUGAGCUGCUCACUUACAGUUUGCGCUUUACAACUUCGCUAGUGUCUCUCGGUUUGUCCGCUGGUGUGAUGUGAACUGCAGACUAUAUGGCUGCUUUCUUGUAAAUUCUGCUCGAUGUUUGCCCGGAAACGAGAGUUUUGUUGGGUUCGUCGCUGCGUGUGCGGUUUGGAGAUACAGAGAUCAUCACCUCUAUAACUGGCAGUAUGAAUGUCGCUAUUACUAAAUGACCUGCGGGCACACUAUCAUAUGGAUGUUGUUGGACACACCAAAGGCGAUUAGUCAUUGGGCAAACUUCAGAGAUGGAAGUGACUGUUUCAUACUGCUAAAAAAAACCUGACCCACCUGAAACCACUCAACGGUGAUGGUUUUAUGAGGAUUAAUGGCAUGUUCUCUUGUGGGCACGUCUUUGACCUCUGAGCUCUCCUAGAGGUUAAAACACUAGCCAUGAAAUGUGGUAGAGACGUGUGACACAUCAGGCCCACAAUGCUAUACGGUAGUGGGCAACAGUGUUACAGUCACUAUACAAUACAUGAAAGCUAAAAGGAAAUCUCGUGACUUUCCAGUCUUAGUAUUAAACAUGGCUUGAGUUGGGACUGUAGAAGCCUCAGGCAAUUUCGAUAAUUAUAGAAGUCUCUGAGGAAGUGAAGAGACCAUGUGUAACAUCUCAACAUCGUGCAAUGUUGACUCGAACAUAGACCAGUUCUUCCAGCCGGUGCUGUAUAUUAUCGUCAUCGUCCUUGGGUUCCCCACAAACUGCAUGGCCCUGUGGGCCGCGUACAUGCAGGUCAGACAGAAGAAUGAGUUGGGGGUCUACUUGAUGAACCUCUCAGUGGCUGACCUCUUGUAUAUAGCCACUUUGCCGCUUUGGAUCGACUAUUUCAUCCACCAUGACAACUGGAUCCACGGUCAAGUGUCCUGCAAGCUGUUCGGUUUCAUCUUCUACACCAACAUCUACGUCAGCAUCGCCUUCCUCUGCUGCAUAUCUGUGGAUCGUUACUUGGCGGUGGCUUAUCCCCUGAAAUUCGCUAAAGUCCGCAGGGUCAAAACAGCCUUGCUGGUCAGCGUUGUUGUGUGGGUAACAGAAAUAGUGGCCAACUCUGCACCUCUCUUCCACGAUGAGCUUUUCAAGGACCGCUUUAACCACACCUUCUGCUUUGAAAAGUAUCCCAUGCAGGAUUGGGUGGCCGGGAUGAACCUUUACCGCACUUUUCUCGGUUUCUUGGCACCUUGGGGAGUGAUGUUGGCUGCGUACAGAGGCAUCCUGAGAGCCGUGCGCAGCAACGUCUCCACUGAGCGCCAAGAGAAGGCCAAAAUCAAGAGGCUGGCCCUCAGUUUGAUCCUCAUCGUCCUCCUCUGCUUCGCUCCCUAUCACGUCCUCCUGUUGUGGCGUAGCGUGCUCUUCCUCAGCAACCCCUGUGAUUGCGGUGCUGAGGAGAACUUAUUUGGUGCUUAUCAUGUGACUCUAGCACUCACCAGCCUCAACUGCGUGGCGGACCCCAUCCUCUACUGCUUUGUCAACGAAGGGGCCCGUAAUGACGUGGGCCGGGCCUUGGCCACUCUCUUCGGUCUCUUCCAACGGGGCCAAAGCCCAGAAACACUCAUGGGAGUGUCCAUCACCGUUGAGACACCUCUGGCUAUGAAGAAGCCGGAUUUCUACAGUGAGGUCAAAACGAAUUCUUAUAAAACUGACAUUGAAGUGCUCAAAGACGAGUGCCUUCAAAUGACCAUUCUCAGUGUUAAAAAGUGAAGUUAAAUGUCAAUGUGACAUACAGCGGCCCCAUCAAGUGUAUGGAAUCUAAAUGCAUGUGCGAGUGUACUGUACGUACUACGGUGAUUAAAUUUUAUAUGACGUUUAUUUCUAGUAGAUGUGUGAAGUUCUUCUCACGUAACAUUUAACCAUCAAAAAUACUUUUUUGUCUUAAUUUUGAACAAUAUUCUCUUUUUUCUUUUCUUCAGUUUUUUUUUUUUGCUUGAAAUCUGUACUUGUGUUAUCUGUCUAAAACAUUGCCACUUGAUUUGAUUUUGUUACAUAAUGCAUAAACAUUCAGCGUUUAAGUGCAGCUUAAAGAGAUAGAUCACGUACAAAUUUUAUCAUCAUUUACUCAUGUCAUUCUGUACAUUUCUUAACAGAGCACAAAAGAAGAUCAUUUUAUAAUGUCACUGUUUUGUUUUAUUUUUGUCCAUAAAAUGAAGGCCAAAAUGGUCAAAGAAAUUAAACUGCAAAUGACCAAAAAUGUCCCUAAUGCAGCAUAAGGGUUAAUGAGAUCAAACAGGGUUAUUUUGGACCCCACUGAUUUAAACACAAAAACUAAAUUUCACAAAAAUUUUGGACUAAAUUUACUACUGUACUAUCCUCUUUUGUGCUCCGUUAAAGAAACACACACAUACAGGUUUGGGAAGCAUAACUUGUGAUUAAAUAAUGACCAAAUUUUCAAUUUUGAGUGAAUCACUGUAAAUGUAUUUACUUUGUGGGGCCGCUGUAUGAGGCGCACUUUCUGACGAUAACUAUACCAACACCUAUGUACCUCAAGUUCUACCCAGAAAAACUGUCUAUGAUAAAAUCUUUUAACUUGGAAAAGAGGAUUAAUCAAUGUAAACCAAAUGCUGAUGUCAAAAAUCCCUCUCCUUUUGAAUGUUUUAUAUGUACAUGCCUGCCAUUUGUGUCGGUUUAGAUUUCGUGGGGAGCAUACUCUACUAUCCCUAUUUUGAAAUCAUUGCUCGUUUUAAGCAAGCCCGAUUAUUUAUUUCCCCACUGAUGUCACAGUCAACACAAAUACCAUAUGGACUGUGUCAUGUCUUAAUGUGCAUCUUAAUACACUGUAUAAAGUCUUUAACAAGACUCUUUAACAAGAGGAGUGUGUUUCUCUCCGCUGUCUCUUGUUUGAAGUGCUUUCUGUUCAAUGGCCCACAGAUACCCAAAAUGGAAACUGUUUUCCAAACAAUGGGCUUUGCUGUUGUUUACAUUUUUUUUCAUGAUUAGUUCUCCAGGUGCCCUAUUUCAGCCUACCAAACUGUAAGUCCUGAAUGUCAGCAGUGAGAAAGUGCAAUGUAAUGGAUUUGCUGUUAUGCCAAAAUAAAAUACAUGAUGUCG